AUGACGAUCAACACCUUCCUCGAUGGCGUCCAUGCUCGCCUAAGAACCAAUGAACCACAAAAGAUUACCAUCGUAACAGGAAACGACUCGGCAGACCUUGACUCGGUUGUUUCAGCGUUAUCUUUUGCCUACUGCAGUAGUCAGGUGGACGCAACAACAUUAUACGUCCCUCUUGUUAAGGUGCCGUUGGCAGACAUUGAACUACGGCCUGAGAUCGAUUACGUGCUAAGUUCAGCAGGUAUCGAAUGUAAAAAGCUUGUUUACAUGGACCAAAUCGACGUCAGCACUCUUGAGACACAAGAAACAUCAUCCGUAGUACUCGUGGAUCACAACCGCCUCACGCCUCCUUUCGCCGAAGCAUGGAAUAACAAGGUGGUGGCCGUACUUGAUCAUCAUGUCGAUGAAGGUUUCUACACGAAUGCAGUACCUCGUGAUGUUCGCAUGGUGGGUUCCUGCACCUCCCUUGUCAUUGAACAUUUUCCAGAUUACUUUGUACCUGAUACGCCACUUGCCAACCUUGCAUUGGGUCCUAUUUUGGUGGAUACUAUUGGUCUUCAAUGGGAAUUGGGCAAGACGACAGACACCGAUGUGGAUGCUUUUCGCAAAAUCACGGGGGGACAAAUGGAUGACGCUGAUAUCAAGAAACGACAUGAAGAGAUUGAGCGUGUCAAGUCUCGCGUAACCCACUUGUGCACCCGCGAUCUCCUACGCAAAGAUUACAAGGAAUGGGUGGUCGAUGGCUUUCGUGUGGGAACAAGUUCAAUGCCUUGGUACCUUAAAGCAUGGGUUGAACGUGAUGGCAUGGACAAUGUGAUACAAGAUACACAAGCCUACAUCCAGGAACGUCAUUUGGACUUUGAGAUUGUCUUGACUGGCUAUGAUCAUGAUGGUUGCUAUGAACGUGAACUAGCUCUUUUUGUUCACAAUGAUAAAUUGCUCGUUGUCAAGGAGUUAUUGGAACAUGAUUCAUCCAUCAAUUUAACGCAUCGUCCAUUCCAACCCAAGGAUACCGCCCAUAUUACAUUUUAUCAUCAGGGCAAUGUGAAAAUGUCACGUAAGCAAGUGUGGCCUCUAGUUCAAUCCCUCAUAGAGAAGAUAUCCAAAUAA